AUGGCAUUCUCUCCCCCCACCCUUCUCACAACAGCAGCGGCGGCGGCAGCACUGUUCAGCACCGCAUCUGCUCUCAACAAUGGCCUCGCCAUCACCCCUCCAAUGGGCUGGAACAAUUGGAACAGCUUCGGAUGCGACGUCUCAGAGAAGCUCCUCCUCGACACCUCCGCCCAGCUCGUCCACCUCGGCCUCCGCGAUCUAGGAUACCAAUACGUCGUGCUCGACGACUGCUGGCAGGACCCCAAGGGCCGCGAUGGAACUGGGAAAUUGCAGGUUGAUUAUAGCAAGUUUCCCAAUGGCUUGAAUGCGAUUUCGGAGCAUUUGCAUGGCCUGGGACUCAAGUACGGGAUGUAUAGUAGCGCGGGGGAGAUGACGUGUGCCAGAUUUCAAGGGUCAUUGGACCACGAAGGAGACGAUGCGCAGAGCUUUGCGGAUUGGGGCGUCGACAUGUUGAAGUAUGACAGCUGCUACCACAUGGGACGCGUAGGAACGCCCACUGCAUCCUUCAACCGCUUCAAAGCCAUGGCCGAUGCGCUCAAAGCCACGGGUCGCAACAUCCUGUUCAACCUCUGCAAUUGGGGCGAAGACCUCGUUCACACUUGGGGAAUGUCCAUCUCCAACUCUUGGCGCAUAACCGGCGACAUCUACGACUCCUUCACGCGCCCCGACGACCUUUGCGGCUGCAGCACCCUCCCCCUCGGCGCCACAAACUGCAUCGCACCCGGAACCCACUGCUCCGUCCUCUUCAUCCUCAACAAAGUCGCCCCCUUUGCCGACCGCAGCAUCCCCGGCGGCUGGAGCGAUCUCGACAUGCUCGAGGUCGGGCAAGGCGGCAUGACGGACGACGAGUACAAGGCGCACUUUGCCCUAUGGGCCGCGCUCAAGUCGCCCUUGUUCCUGGGCAACGAUUUGAGAAGCAUGUCCGCGGCUGCGCUGUCCAUUGUUAACAACCCAGCCAUCAUUGCACUGAGCCAGGAUCCACAUGGCAGGAGCGCAACGCGUGUGAGGCGCGAGACACAGGACGUAGCAAAGGAUGAAUGGGGUGUCGGCGAACUCCACAUCUGGGCCGGACAUUUGGCAAACGGAGAUCAAGUCGUCAUCCUCCUGAAUGCCGGCGGCCAAGACACAGACAUGAGCGUCUCCCUUGCGGAAAUCUUCAUCCCCUUUGGACCCGGCGGUUCCGCUCCACACGUCAAAUUCGACUGGGCAAUCCACGAUCUCUGGGCCCACCGUAUGCCGCAAGACACGGCGGAAGCCCUGCUCGCGGCCCGCGAGGCCAGCGAAAGAAACGCCAUUUUGAAGCACGCGGAUUGGUAUAAUGCGACCGAGAUGCCGUAUGCAGAGGGUCUGGCGCGCGAGGAUCCAAGGCUGUUUGGCGAGAAGAUUGGCGUUGUGGAGGCUGGGGGUGUGCUGAGUGCGCGGGUGAAGAGACAUGCGGCGGAGGUGUAUCGGUUGAGGAGAGUGGCGAGAGAGGGUGAGACUUUCAAGGGGAAGAGCAUUUCGAGAGAGGAUAAGGAUGAAUUGUAG